AUGAAAAUGGAGUGGAAACCUGAACAAGAAGGAUUAAGACAAAUAUUAACACUAUUAAAGGAGUCUCAGUCACCGGACACUGCUACUCAGAGAGCAGUUCAACAAAAAUUGGAAGAAUUAAACAAAUAUCCAGAUUUCAACAACUACUUAAUUUUUGUACUAACAAAACUAGUUUCGGAAGAGGAACCGACGAGGUCUUUGAGUGGUCUGAUUUUGAAGAACAAUGUCAAAGCGCGCUACAACAGCUUUUUACCCGAAGUUGCGGAGUUCAUAAAGCGAGAAUGUUUAUCAGCGGUCGGAGAUCCGUCGCCGUUGAUAAGAGCGACUGUUGGCAUUAUAAUAACAACCAUUGCUAGUAAAGGUGAACUUACUUCAUGGCCUGAGUUAUUACCAGCAUUAUGCCAAAUGCUUGAUUCACAGGACUAUAACGUUUGUGAGGGUGCUUUUGGAGCGCUUCAGAAGAUUUGUGAAGACACAGCGGAAUUAUUGGACAGUGAUGCUUUAAACCGGCCAUUAAAUGUAUUGAUCCCUAAAUUUCUCCAGUUUUUUAGACAUUCGUCACCCAAAAUUAGGUGUCAUGCCAUCGCUUGUGUUAACUACUUCAUCAUGGGCAGAACACAAGCUCUCAUGUUACACAUAGAUUCUUUUAUUGAGAAUUUAUUCCAUCUAGCAGCCGACGAAGAUCCCGAUGUUAGAAAAAACGUUUGCCAUGCUUUAGUGUUGCUACUAGAAGUUCGUUUGGACAGACUGAUUCCAUACUUACCAAACAUUAUUGAGUACAUGUUAAUGCGCACACAAGACGCUGAAGAAGGUGUAGCUUUAGAAGCAUGUGAAUUUUGGCUGUCGCUUGCCGAGCAAAAUGUUUGCAGAGAGGUUUUAGGACCCCGGUUGCCAUCCCUUUUGCCAGUGUUGUCCGAGGCAUGCGGUAUUCAGAGAUGGAUAGAAUCAGAUAUAAGACCGCGCUUCCACAAGCCACGCUCACACACCAUCAAACAUAAUGCAGGUGCGGGUGAUAGUAAUAUGUCAGGCGGUGGUGAGUCUGAUGAUGAAGAAGAAGGCGGUGACGACGAUGGCUCACUAUCUGACUGGAACCUUCGCAAGUGUUCAGCCGCAGCCCUAGACGUGCUAGCCAAUGUGUUCGGAGCCGAUCUACUGCCAGUACUAUUCCCUAUACUCAAGGAGACGCUGUUUCACGAUGAUUGGGUUAUCAAGGAAAGUGGGAUUCUAGCAUUGGGUGCUGUCGCUGAAGGAUGCAUGGGUGGUAUGGUUCCUCAUUUGCCGGACUUGGUACCAUACCUUGUAUGUUGUUUAGCUGAGAGGAAGGCUUUAGUUCGAGCUAUCACAUGCUGGACCCUAUCGAGAUAUCACACUGGAUAG